GGGAUACUCGAGGGAGGCUGAGGGCAGCUGGUUCCGCUCCCUCUUCGUGCACAAGGUCGAUCCACGCAAGGAUGCUCAUUCCAACCUCCUUUCCAAGAGGGAGACCAGCAACCUCUACAAGAUCCAGUUUCACAGUGUGAAGCCAGAAUGCCUGGAAGCCUACAACAAGCUGGCAGAGGAGGUGCUGCCCAGGCUCCACACGGACCCUGACUAUCCCUGUGACCUGGUGGGCAACUGGAACACCUGGUAUGGGGAGCAGGACCAGGCAGUGCACCUGUGGCGCUUCUCGGGCGGGUACCCAGCGCUCACGGACUGCAUGAACAAGCUGAGGCAGAACAAGGAGUACCUGGAGUUCCGCAAGGAGAGGAGCCGGAUGCUGCUGUCCCGCAGGAACCAGCUGCUCCUGGAAUUCAGCUUCUGGAAUGAGCCCCAGCCCCGCCCGGGGCCCAACAUCUACGAGCUGAGGACCUACAAGCUGAAGCCAGGGACCAUGAUUGAAUGGGGCAACAACUGGGCUCGGGCCAUUAAGUACCGGCAGGAGAACCAGGAGGCAGUUGGAGGGUUCUUCUCCCAGAUCGGGGAGCUGUACGUGGUGCACCACCUCUGGGCCUACAAGGAUCUGCAGUCCCGGGAGGAGACAAGGAAUGCAGCCUGGAGGAAGAGGGGUUGGGAUGAGAACGUGUACUACACAGUGCCGCUGAUCCGGACCAUGGAAUCAAGGAUCAUGAUUCCCCUGAAGAUCUCUCCGCUGCAGUGAGGGGGAGCCAUGCUGGGGUGUCU